AUGAGGAGACAGACUGAGCCAGAACAGAGAGGGAGAGGGGCGUGGUUAGGUGACUGGAUACUUCAGAAAACAAUUGAAAAUACUUGAUAUGUACAUGUACACAGUGGGGGUUCAAUGAGUUCACUGGACAGGGGGUGUGUUGCUUUCUUUAGGAUGCAGAAGGACUAACUAAAACUCGGUCUAGAGUCACCCCUGCAGUCUAUUCCAUCUUUUUAGUGCUUUAGUUCAUCUGUGUGCAGACAUGCACAGCAGAGCUUCUUCUCUUGGGGUCUUGGAGAUGGCGAGAUUUGGUUUCACUUGUCUCCCCAGUCUUAAAUCUGGCCAGAAUUAUGAGGCCUAUCUUGGGAUGCCAAAAGAUGAGGACCCCCUCACCUCUGCUAACAAGCCAGCUUCACUCUGAGCCGGCACAGAUUAAUGAAACUCUUCAUCAUUAUCAUGUGCACGGACUCUGACGUGCACGUUUUUGUACUUGCAUAACAAGAAAACAUAAAGAGUUAUCAAACGUCAAAAAGGUUUCUCAUCAUUUAAAGAUAUGACUGCACAGAUGAGAUUUUACUGUUUGCACCAAACUAAUCAGGCACUCAGAAAGGUAGAUGUUGGAUUCAUUUUACUUGUUUUGUAAUCCAUUGUAAUCCCGUCCCUGUGCUGUCCUGCUCUGUUCACACUUGUUUCCUUCUUAUUAUUACCUUCUUAUCUUGUUACCUUCUUCUUCUUACCUUCUUAUUCUUAUUCUUAACCUCAGUGUAACUCAUCCAUCAGUGCCAUUUCAUGCAUGCUGAGUAUGUUUACAUAUUUUAUCUACUCAUUUCCACACCCUGACCUAGUUUCCACCCGAAUACCAGACAAUGCAGUGACUUUCAACACGCUGAGCCCGUUUUUGGAGAUCUAUCCACAUCCAUCCACAUCCUGAAUAAAAAAAUGUGUUACAUAACUCGUGCUGGGACUAAUACUAACUGCAGUACAGUACCCUGCAGAGUCUAAGACUAAAACCUGCUGAAAUGUUACAAUAAACCAAACAUUAAAAACACUCAAACCUGUUUUUUACGAUAUAUCUCUUUUCUUUAACCUUCUUUCCUUCCAGUUUUUACAGAUGUGGAUCUCCACUGUGACACCAACAACUCUGCUCAUCACACCAGCGAGGUCACAAUCAAAGAGCUGAUUGUGCGGCGAGGUCAGCCCUUCACCAUUACCGUCAAACUGAGCGAACCUUUUCAGGAUUCGACCCCGUUCCUCAUCAAGACAACCACAGGUCAGUCUGUCGGUCCAACUCUAACGGUUCAGAAAAAAUGGAGAUCCAAGCUGAGACUUGAGAAACAGGGACUAUUGAGCAGAUGGAUGAAUAAAUGAAUGGUGAAUAGACUAACAGAUGAAUGGAUAAAUGGUGAAUUUGAAUCAGUCUAAAGUGGAUUCAGAUUCAGAUUCAGACAACUUUAUUUAUUCCCUAAGGCCAAUUCUGUUUACAGUUACCCUGCCGUUUGAUCAAUCCAAACACACAAAUCAGCAGACAAACAAACCAGACAAGUGCAAGACAUUAAUAGCAGCCAGUAGACAACCACUUUCCCUUGUCAGUUCUUACAGAUCAGCAGGAUCAGCAAUAAAUAGCUAAAUAAUUACAAUAAGCAGAAAUACAAUAUAGAUCCACAAGUAUGAGGCACAAGAUAAGAAAUAAAAGACUCCUGAAGCUCCAGUUCAGCACAGGCCACAUAUGACCAUCAGCCUACUUCCUGGCAUUUAAAAGCCUGAUGGCUGAGGGGGUAAAAGAGUUUGAGUAUCUGUUCAUUUUCCUUGGGGGUGCAUAGUAGCGCCACCCAGAAGGCAUAAGAAGAAAGUCAGAGAACAGAAUAUGUCCAGGCUGAUCCAAUAUUCCUCUGGCUUUCUUACACGCUUCUCCCAAAGAGAGCUCAGGUCUGUCAUCUGCACUCCUAUAAUCUUGGAGCAGACUCUAACAAUUUGGUUCAGGCUGUUUCUGUCCUUUACUGAUGGUCCCAUAAACCAGCACAUAAAAGAAAACGUUAACAGACUUUCAAUAAAAGAAUGAUAAAAACUCGAUAAAAUCCCCUCAGGAAAACAUUAUAUUACAAAGAAAGCUUUUAUUUGUUUGGUAAUCCUUCCUGAAACCAGGUUUGAAUCGCAUGCUAAAAAAACCUCAAUGUUAUUGACAGGGUUAAUGAAGUCAGUUUUAAUUGACCUCGUUAUCAAAGUCAAAAUGGUUAACAGAGUAUCUGGCUCCUCCUACAGGGGAACAACCCAGUGAGGAGAAGGGGACAAUGAGCCACCUCUCUAUCCCAUCAUCCUCAGUAUCCCCGUUAGCUAAGGCGGUGUGGAAGUUGGAGCUGGACAAGACGUCCUCCCCAUUUACAGGUGUCCUGGUCCUGUCCAUCACCCCUCCAGCUGUUGCCCCCAUUGGACAAUACUUCAUGGUGGCCACUUACAAAGAAGAGGAGAUGAUACUGGCAGUGCCCACAGUGCUCUUUAACCCCUGGUGUCCUGGUACAUCUGUCCAUCUAGCCUCCUUUCUGUCUCUCUUCCUUGUUUUGCCUUCUCUGUCUUUCUGUCUGUUCUUUGAAUCCGUUGUUGUCUUCAUUCAUAUGUCCUCUCUGUCUCUGAAGAGGACUCUGUCUUUUUGGCUGAUGAGGAGCUAAAACAGGAGUACGUGAUGAACGAGCACGGGAAGAUGUACAGGGGAAGUAAAGACUUCAUUGGCGACAUGGACUGGGACUUUGGACAGGUGCUGUCCUUUGGUUUGUCAUGAAACAGAUCAAACUGAACUUUUCUAAAACCUUUGUCUCUGUGUCUUUUCUUGAGCAGUUUGAAGAUAACAUGGUGAGCAUCUGUAUGAAGAUGCUGGACCUCAGCCAUAAACACAAGGACGACCCAGCCAAUGAUGUCGCCAAUCGAUCCGACCCGGCCUAUGUUGGUCGCAUAGUCAGUGCCAUGGUGAGAGAUCAGUGUUUUCGUACGUCUAACCUCUGACAGCAAAGUGAAGACACUUAUCAGCUGACAAUGUUGGUGGCUUUAAUGGCGAUUUCUUGAAAAAUUUCUCCUCUCUUAGUCCAAAACACACUCCUGGAAAUGUCUUGAAGGCUGAAAAACUUUAUGAACUUUGAACUGAUAUCGUGAUAAAAGUUUAAAUGCUACAGAAAAAUAUUGCUGCUGAGAAACUGCAAAGUCUGAUGAAUCUUUUGAGGGUUUCAAGAAAGUUUGAAGUGGAUGUAUAAUUGGAUUGUGAAGGCUUGAACAAGGUUGAAAAGUUAGAAAAUUCUGGGGAAGUUUUAUAAUCAUGUAAUUGGACACUGAUCAUUUUGGAAAAUAUGAAUAUCAAUGGGAAAAGACACAGCAAUGAUGUCCUGAAUGAGUUGAAUACCAUACUAAAAGUUUGAGCCUUUAAGGUCACAGAAAAAAGUUCAGCAGAAUAUCUAUAAGGAAGAAUUUUAGCACAAAACAACAAUAACAAAUCUGGCAGGAGCUGGGCUGCUUUCCCUGCAAAAUAUGGAGCAGCUAAAACCAGGACCAGGACCAGGACCCCCAAAGCUGAGGCCAUGGUGCACGCCCUGAAUUAGCCUGUCUUGACUAGGAGAAAGUCUCUGCUGUGAGUAGAGGAAUUUCAGUUUCUUGGGGUCCACUUCAAUGUGGACAAACUGAUCGAUACAGUAUAUGGUGGAGUUUCAGCAGCACUGCCAGUAUUGAACUGAACCAUCUUUGGGAGAAGGGAACCGAUCCUGAGAUUUUGGUCAGGGUUGUGGAGACAAAUGGACAUAUUGACCAUGUAUGAACUUAACCUCAGAUGAAGUUGAGCUUUGCAACAUAACGGUCUACAUGACGUAGUUCGGGCAUCUAAUGAGGAUCCCCUCAUAGACCCUGUCCUCCCUGGAGCCCUAAAGGUGUACCCGACCUUGACAAGCCUUGGUUUCCCCUGGGAGGAGCUUGACAUUUGCACACUCUGCUGCCUCUGGCAUCCAGCCCCCAAAAGAGUAGAAAAAGAUGGAUAGAUGGUCAACACUAGAGAGCAAGUCUCUGCAAAUAUGACACCCUCUUUAUUUAGAGAGAGCUGGCUGCUGUGAGCACAUAGACACUCUUUUCUCGCUCUUUUGAAAUUUUUUACUAACUUUUGUUUUGCUCCAUGACACAAAGACAAACUGUGGAUGUGUUUCUUCAUGCCACUAAACCUGGCUUUGUUUUUCUUGUCUUUCAGACCAACAGUCAGAAUGAAAAAGGUGUCCUGGAGGGACAGUGGGGAGGUUCAUAUUCUGAUGGGCACAGACCCACUCACUGGACCGGCAGCAGCGCUAUCCUUACAGAGUGGCAGAAAAGCAGUUUCCAGCCUGUCAAAUACGGGCAGUGCUGGGUGUUUGCUGGAGUGAUGUGCUCAGGUAAAGUCUGUCCCUUCACACCUGAAAUAACGUCUGCAAAGAUGGUGUUUCAGUCAGAUCAAAAACUGAAAGGAAAUGUUUGAAAGGUCUGAAAAAAUCUGAGAUUUAAGUUUUUGCAGCCCUGAUACUCAAGCCAACGUGAUGGUUUUUACUGCAAACCUAAAAUGUUUACUUUUGUGUUUGGUUAACAGUGGCACGGUUUCUUGGAAUCCCCUGCAGGGUAAUCACCAACUUUAGUUCAGCUCAUGACAGCAACGCCAACCUGACCAUCGACAGAUACCACUCUGAAGAGGGGGUGGUGAUGAUGGCGUCCCGUGACAGUAUUUGGUGAGGACUCACACACAUAGAUUUGAACCAGAACUUCAGUAAUCAAGCCCCUGCUUACCCAGAGUACUCUGCUGGUAGUCCUUCAUCGGGUUAGCAGGUUCUUUCUUGUUUCCAUAAGCAACACGUUCAUCCACCAUGUUAUUAAAACAUGUUGUUACUGCAAGACCAGAAAAUGUUAUGCAACCAAACUCGUUAAAGGUGGACAUAGGGGAGGAGGAGUGUGUCCUAAAUAGGACAUUCUUCUUGGAAAUCAUGGAUGCCGCAUUCUCUGCACUAAAGCUCAGUCUGUACACAUGGAUGGUCUACAUAACCCUUUACCAGGUACCCACAUGUGUAACCCGACACACACCUUAAAAAUGUAACUGCACGCUGAAACAACACGGACUGCAAACCCUGUGACUGGUCAUCUUGGCAGCAGACAUUUGUGGUAUGCCUCCGCCCCCACCCAAAUUCUGAUUUUUUGAACACUUGCACAUUUUUGCAUCGCCAACAAUAAGCCCGACUAAAUCCAUUACUCCUAUACUCCACAGUGAAGUGGCUUUUUGUCUUCAGCAGCUUCUCUUUUACUUUAUCUUUCUGCUACUGCGGUUGUUUGCAGAUUUGUUGGGCUGGUUGUGAAGCUAUGAAAGACAAACACCAAACUGAGCUUGGUUUGAGUUUGUCCCUUUGAAAGGCCCAUUUUAAAUGCUUUUUUAAAAUUUAUUUAGCUGCUUUAGUCAUGCAAAGAAUAAAUAAAUAUCAUGGACUGUCGUGUCAGGACUUGGCUUUUGAGACUUGACGUACUCUACUUAGCCUGAUAUAUUACAGUUAAUUCCCACAGGUGUGUCAUGUUCUUCCUCUGAUCUGUGCCACACCUUUACAGGUAAAUAAAUCAUUGUGGUGUGAAAUUACAAAACCAUCCAAACAAACCAGGACUGUGUGACAAGUCCCAGGGAGGCUGAAGGUUAUCAGCCUUAAGGUCCAAUCAGCAUGUUGGCAUGUCAGUGCUUGUGAACUACACCCAUCUUUGGAUCCUUAAAUAACCCUUCAGUUUAUUUUUCACAGUGAUAUGCCAGAGUUCUUGAUUUGAAUAUUAGCAUCCAGGGUUUGGGAGGGGCGAUCGCCUUAAGCCUCUUAAGCUUCUGCCAAUGAAAACACUGGCUUUGUUCGCUGUGGUGAAGAAUUUGAUCGAUGAUAUGACAGUGUUUUUUUUUGACUCAGAGACAUCAGUGUUUUCCUCUUUGUCUCUGUACAACAUGAUACUGCUUUUGAUUUAGGGCUGAUCAGGGAUGUCAGAAGACAAGGGCAAUGAUGCUCAAAACUAUCAGUAAAAACUCAAAUCUCCAUUAUGAGUGCAGUCCAGAAUACAUCCAUGUGAUCCCACUGAACAAAUAAGUGAGAUUAACAGCCCACAUGCAGGACGUCCAAUCCAAUACUGUUGUCGUUUUAGAUCAUUAAAAGUUAGUGCUACUGUGCCUCAUGUGUGUACAUGGUUUUUAUUAGAUAGGAUAGGAAAGGGCAGAUAUUUCUUUGAUGAAUACUUUGUUGUGAAUUGCUUUACUACAGCAGCUACAGCCAUGGCCAGACAAAAUAGGCUGGUAAAAAACAAGUACUGCUCAUGCCCCAGUUAAUGCCCAGAGUCUGCACCUCUCUCAUCUACACGAACUGAGACACAGUCAGGAGUGUUUGGUGUUUUAUUGGUGUUUUAUUUUGAAAUACCAGCACAUGCUUGUCACCCUGUCUCGAGCGAUCUUCUCUGUGUAGAUUGACGCAUAUUAGAAGUGUAGAGCAGCAAAAAUAGACUCAGCGCAUAUCUUUAGCAGAACUGUGCUCAAUACACUCCUGAUAUGGAGCUGAUAUGCGUCCUGUAUGCGAUGCUGCAUCGAUUAGAAUGGCAACCUAUUUGCUCCAUGAUACGCAACUCGGACGUUACGUGCUAAAUACGGAUCCUGAAUGUUUUAGCCUUAAUAAGCAAAACAAAGUCGGGGCAUGGCCUAGUUCUCUCUGCACCAGUUACUUUGGACCCUGAGCUUUGGAUUGUUUACAAAUGGCCACCUGAAAAUAAUCCCACAUAACAGGAGCAUCAGUACCAAAAACAUACUUCCCCCAUUUCACUCUUGACCUUGGUAUUUCAGGGUUACCUAGUUCUGAGAUCUGGUCAUCUGAAGAUCUGGUGAUCCAAAUUGAGUAGAGUAGAGAUAAAACAGCCUACUGAGUAGUUUAAGUCCCAAUGGUGAGUUUGAAGCCUGCAAUAACUUGAAAAGUGCUGCAGAGUGCUAUCUACUGCACUGAAAUCACAUGAAUGUACUUCUCUCCAGUUUCCAGUCCCAACUUACAGUAGGUGAUCAUUCACUCAUGUCAUAACGGCUAUGUGCUUCACACUGUCAUAAUUCAUACACACACAAAGCAGUAAUCUUCACCUUCACCACAGUGAACAGCACUGACAUCUUUAUUAGCUAGUGAAAGGCUGAAAGUGAUCUCCACUCCCACAAUGUCAAUAUGCAAAUCAGAAAGUUUGGCGAAUAACUCAGGAGGAAAAGCUGGAGGCGAUGUUCAGGCUUUGUGUGUGUGUUGUGGUUUGCAGACACUGACAUGCCGACACACUAUUCUGACCUAAAAAUCAGUAACUAGAAGCCUCCUGGGGAUUUGGCAAGAUGCUCUGGUUUGAUUUAAAAUGUCAGGCAAAGUUACAUAACUGAGGAAGGUGUGGCACAUGAGGAAGGGGGCCUGAUAUUACCUGGGGGAGUUGUGCUUGGUUAAGAAAAGUCAACACUAUCAAUCCAAACAGGAUUUUAAGGUCUUAUAAACAAGGCUUGAUAGGGCGUAAUGAUAGUGAUAUUGUUUUGGUGCAGUAUUCGCCUGGUUUGCAAACUGAGACAGUUUGGGAGCUCCAUAGUUGGACUGAAUUAGUUGCAAUAAGAAGAUCAGAGUAUUUGCAGAAAGAUGUGAUAGUCUUUCACAGCUAUCCCUUUUGUAACACAUUAGUGUUGCUCAGUGUGUUAAUUGCAAGUUGUUGCACAGCCUUAAUGUCAUGUUGUGUUGCAGGAACUUCCAUGUGUGGGUGGAGGGGUGGAUGAAGCGGCCUGACCUUUCAGUAACUGGCAAAUAUGACGGCUGGCAGGUUCUGGAUCCAACACCGCAGGAGUUGAGCGAUGGUACAGCUCAGAUGUUAACCUCCUUCAGGCUUAACUAGGACACGUUUUCCUAUGUUAAUGUGACAUUAAUUCACAUGCUAAUUUAAUAUAAUGACCUCUUUCUGAUCUGACAUGUCAAAGUUCAAUAAGUGCAGCACCAUCCUAACCGAGUUUAAAGAAAUAUGAGUAACAUCUUGGCUUUCCUUCUCUUUUCUUGAUUCAAUUUACCAGCACAUUGAACAUUAGACAACACUAUAGGAAUCUUAAAAAUUAUCAUUAUUAUUAUUAUGAAUUUUUGUUUCACAAAAAAAAAAAAAAAAACUCAGUUUGUGAAACAGGAAGUCAGUAUUGCUUGUACAUACAACCUUCAAUCUGUUCAAAAUUUCAAAUGCAUGAUUAAGGUCCACCCCUGAACACAGUCAUAGUCAUAGUCUGUCAUAGCGCCCCUUGUGGAAAAACAUGGUCCUUACUAUUACAUGCAAUGUCCAAUCUGCUUUAGAUUAUACAACAGCUCAAACCUGAACUCAUCCACAUCAUUUCUCCUUAUAGCAAUAGUGCCACCUAUUGCUAUUUCCUCUUUAAAGAAUCCUCCUGACAUUCUUAAAGUGCAUCAAAAAUGGUCAGUCCAAGGCUCGAACCCACGCUAUUUGACACCCAUCACCCUCAUGUGCAAACCGAUUCUUUAAUGUCAUGAUUGGGGAUUGAUGAUCUACAGCAGAAAUCUCUUUUUACUAAUAUGUGACACUUGGUUCAUCUUACAGGUGUUUUCUGCUGUGGUCCCGCCUCAAAAGCAGCCAUCUUUGAUGGACACACAAACCUUGAAUAUGAUGUCCCAUUUGUCUUUUCUGAAGUCAAUGCUGACUGUGUGGAUUGGAUGGUCAGUGAGCACAGUUUCAACUUACAACUAUAAUGAAGCAAAUCCCCAGCAUUGGACAGACAAGUACAUACAGCAACAACAAACAAACAGGCUGCAGAAAAAGUUCACUAAGUCUAAGCUCCUGUCCUUCCAGAUCAGACCUGAUGGUUCCCUUGAAAAAGCCGAGGCUGACACUGAAAAGGUUGGGAAGGCGAUCUCCACAAAGGCGGUUGGUAGCGAUGACAGGUCUGAUGUCACCAACACCUACAAACAUAAAGAGGGUGGGUUCACAGAAAAAAACCUAAAACUUUGAUACACAACUUUGGUACAAUGAUGGUGCUGAAAAACUGACAACAAUGCUUCUCCUGCAGGAACAGUAGCAGAGAGGUUUGUCUUUGCAAGAGCCAUCAUCAGACACUACGACAACCUCAGAGAAAUCCGGGAGAAGGAGAGGAAGGAGAGAGAGGCGAGGGGAAACGUGGAGCCGGUGGGUUACGGGCUGCCAGAAGAGACGCCAGAGGAGAUGCCAGAGGAGACGCCAGAGGAGAUGCCAGAUGAGACGCCAGAUGAGGCAGCAGAUGAGACCCCAGAAAUCAUCCAACCACCGCCGAAAGUGUUGCUGAGAUUUGAAGAGGUAUAUCACAGGCACUACCGCCUUCGGUCUGUAUGUUUCCGUGCUCAAAAAAUAUAUUUAAUGAGUUAGUCUGACACUGAACCAAGAAAUGCAUGUCAACUCGUGAGUCUGACUGAAAUUGUACCAAACCGAUGUUCUCACAGUUGGACUAACAAACCCUGGUCGUCUUUCUCUCGUAUACAUGCACCUGGAUCUGACCGAAACUGGACCAAGCGUUCUGAGUAUUCUCUUGAGUUCACGUGCUAAGCUUUGUCCUCAAAGUAGAACAGCAUAAAUUAUAGAGGUAUAGAAACCCUCAACAGAAGAAGGAUGCGAAAAAGGCAAAGCUGUCAGGUCAUGACAGUCGUCACAUUGCUUAGUGUACAGCCCCUUAGCCUCUUGCUAACAGGUUUAAAGAUUGUUUUGGUACGUCACUUAACAGAUCAAUCAGGUGACGGCCUAGUAGUAACGGAGGUGGACUUACUCUUGUGUUUGUAAACCAGCGGGACAAGGACAGCAGUCCAUUCAUCUCUUAAUGGAACUUUAACUAUGCCUCCACUUAGCUGUGCGUUUAAAACGAGUGUUUCUAUUGAGAGCCACUGGCUUCAUCUUACCUGAGGAUUUCUCAUUACCAGUGUGGGGGUUUGAAGUGAAGAAAGUGUCGCACAUUAUGGUCCCCACCCACAUGUAGUUUUCUAUAUUAGGACCACCUUUUGGUCUCUUGGCCUUCUUCAAGGUCAUAAGUGGGGAGCCUCUGGUGGCUGGACUUCCUGCAUCGGGCCCUAAACAGUGAGGAGCCACCACCUGCAGGGAAAGGCAUCCAGCACACAAAACUCUAAUCCUAAUCCAAACCUAGCCCUCAUCGUCUUUGGACCCAAACUUCCAAAGAGAAGCUGCUCUCUCCAUUUUUGGAGUUUCCCAGCUGUUGGAGUAAAACUGCAGUGAUAGAGGUCUUUCAGGGUAACGAGAAGGUCUAAAGUUGUGAAAAAACUGGAGUCAGAAUCCCUCUGGGAAAUAGCAUGUGAGUAAGAUGGUUUUCACGCACCCCCUUGAAACCAAAACGCUGACAUGAACUUGGCUGUGACUCCCUGAUUUCAUUGGAUUGAUGUUGAAACAGACGUUCACACCCUCACCUGAGAACUUUUGGAGAGAUGAAGUGUCAAUAGUGGUUUGUGGUCCUGAUGCACACCCAAACAUGGAAUUCUUUUCUGGAUGUUAGCGAUGGAUAAUACCGAAGGAUGCUCUGCUGCCAAAGGCGUCAACGACAACACUGUCUGCCUUUACAAGCUUCAUUAAAAACAGGUUAAGGUAAAUAAUUGGAUUUGUUUCAACAAGUGUUUUUUUUUAAAUUAUAAUACAGGAGUAAGUAUUAUAAGGAAAUGCACCUUUAAAAGUGUCCCAAGGUUCGGAAUGGUUGCCUUUUUAGAUUUACAAAAAAAAACUUAAAGCCUUGUUUGUCUAUUUAAAGUCUUAGGGCUCUAUUUUCGUGCGUGCCAGUGAGGCGACGGAGGGUGGCGGAUCCCGCGCAGUUGUAUUUUUGUCUGGCAGAGACCGGCAUAAAGCCAGUUUGGUAUUUUCGUGGACUGAGGCGCUCGGAGGCGAUCCGAGAUAAACCAAGCUGGGCGUGGUGGCAUGGCAGGGGGGAGGUGUCGACAGAAUCACCGGGCGCAGUGACAUUUUCGUGCUCGCCACCGGCAUGUAAAGUGUGCUGAAAGCUCGCCGAUUCAAACCUGGUCAGCUUUCAGCGCAGGCGGAACGCAGCUGGUCUAGUGGUAUUUUGGUGGACCGGCGGCGUAUCGGCAUACGUCACCGAUGCCUCACCUGCAGGUUUCCACAGUGUCAGGCACAUUUCAGUGCAAUAAAUAAUCAUCGACAACUAAUAAUCAGAGUCAGCACAUACAUUUAGAUCUAUAUCGAUAUAUUCUGAUCUAUAUCUGAUCCGAUGAGCGCGUUUAGCAUGCGUUUGGACACACAACCUGACCGAAUCAACACAGCUGAAACCGCAUUAAAUUGAAUUAAAUAUCUAGUAAAUAGACACACGAUGAAGUUAACUAGAUAUGUAAUUCGUCUCCCUCCUUUUAUUUCUUCCUCUUCCCCUAAUUUCUCGUGCAGCUCGACCUGGACACGUCUCCGUGUCCUCUCUUUGUCCUGCAGCGGCUGAACAGAUGAUUUGUUUCAGUGCCCAGAUGCGUUAUCUACUUUAAGCCGACAUACGGAUAUUAUAAUAUUCAGUUUUGUGAGGCAAAUUUAUUUUAUAUGCCAACAUCUAUGAAAGAAAGAGCCCGGCCACGGAGCGCGAUGCGUCAUUUACGCACAGAUGGUUCCAAUUUUAAUGCCAGUUUUGGAGUUUAUGUUGUGAUCUGUGCGCACAACCCACCUUUGUCACGUGAGGUUUGAAUAUAUGCAACUUUAUGUGAGUGUCUUUAUUUGUGGAAAAGGGUGUUUGUCUUACCAGUGGGUCCAACAUUACACACACCAAAUCCAUCUGUGCUCAUAUGAGAGAGUGUGGAAGACGCCCAAUGCAGCGCUUACAGUGACACUAGUUGAGGAGCUGCCCUCUGUCGCCAUCUUGUGGCAUUACUGUGUUCAGACAUCUCUUGAUCUCUUUGACUACUUCACGAAAAUGGUAAUACGCCUCGCCUGUGGCGGAUUUAAAGGCAAGGAGAGGAGCUGAUGUGAUUGGUGAAACCCACUCUACGCCCUUUCUCCUCCCUCGCUAUGACUUACGCCGCUGGGAGGAGCUGAGUUAGGGAGGGGGGAUACUUACGCCAGGCUCCGCUGCUCACCAAAAUACCAAAUUGUGCUUGGGAACGCCUUGUCGGCGCGGCGGACCUGACUUACGCCGCGCUUGCGGCACGUCUCCAGCGAGGCACGAAAAUAGAGCCCUUAAAGUUUGAAGCAUAAACCAUCACUUUGGACUAAGUUGAAAAAAGGAGAUUUCCUCAAAAACAGAAGAUGUUGGAAGUUAGUCUUCCAGAACCUGGGUUGCUCUGCUGGAGGAUCUUGGAGUGUGGUACUCAUGUAUAACUCUCUAAAUUUCGGUUCUGUCAGGUGUCACAGCCGAUGAACGGUAAAGAUGUGAGCCUGAAUCUGCUGCUGAGCAGUGCGAGCACCGCUGACCGGCCUCUCUACAUCUUCAUCAGCGUUCAGGCCAUGAAGUACGAUGGAAAUCCAGAGGGGACCAUCAAGGCUGAGAAGAAGGAGGAGACGCUGCUGCCAGGAAACGGUGAGUCUGGAUCUGAAGGUACUUCUGUGGGCAGAGAUUUUUAAAAGGUAUGUGCACCUGUGUGUGAGGGAUAUUUGUGUUAAUUAUCCUUCAAAUCUCUCUUUUCUUUUAGAGUUGAAAAUCCCCAUCUUGGUCCCGUUUACGAUGUACAGUAAACCCAUGUUGGAGUGUGACAGCAUGAAGAUCUCAGCCCUGGUGAAGGACAAGGAGAACCCAGACCACCCGUACCUGGGUGAGCAUGACAUUGUGCUGCUCAACCCUCCGAUCAACGUUAAGGUGAGUCCCUGAGGUUCUCUGUUAGCCAGCUUUAACUGUGGGAAUCCAGGGACAAUAGCUUGUUCUCAGCUCCCUGUCCAAAUCCGGCAUCCCUGAUGGUGUGGGGAUCAUCAGAGUCCAUGAUCAUGGGUGGCUCUGUAUUCAAAGUUGUUCGUAUAUUUCAGCGUCUCAGCUCUCAUGGAGUAAUGUUUGAGGUCACUGAUUUCAGGGCAGGUUGAUGGUUUUGGGAUUUGGGGAUUUUUUUUUUUCAGAGUCAGUUUUGCCUUUAGGCUCAAAGCUGUCAUCAUAAGGGGCUCUUUUGUUUUUUGUGGGGUUACAGUAUAAGAGAAAUAUGUUCAGUCCUGUUGGUGCUGAAUCUGUCACACACAAAAACAACAAUUAUGAAACAACUUCAUGCCAGAAAUUCCUGCCCUUCAGCUCUGGCGUUCAGCCGAAGAAGCUUUUCUUAGAGUUCAGAUGUACUGUGAAGAUUUGAAACAGCCUCGGAUUGAAACAGAUGACUCAAUACGAGGCCGAAGCUGAUGAAGAAUAAACCUGUAUUGAUUAUUCAGUCCUUUUUUAAUAAAGGUCUUUUAUUCGGGCUUGUGUCUUUAGUUUUCUAACUCACAGUUUUCAUCUUUCAGUUAAUUUUCUUGUGUUUCAGUUUACAAGCGAUGCAAAAGUUGGCACGCUCACAUCUGCCGAAGUGACUUUCUCCAACACUGUGAAUGAGACGCUGACAAACUGCUCGAUGACGAUCUCAGGAAGUGGACUCUGUAAAGCAGAGUAUCAAGUCCAGUGAGUGUUUCUUCUGAUCUGUUCAUUUAUAACAACCAACCCAUGGAAGGUUUGAGGCCAGAGGCAGAAAAACACGAUUAAUAAAAAGAGUUUGCUGCUGAUUGAACUUCAGGAGAAGUCCUGGAGGUCCUCUUAGUUUAAAUUCAGUGCCAGACACAUUAAAAAAAUAGUUUUAUCAUUGCCCAAGAGGAAUGUCAAAUGUGCAGCAAAUGUGAACAUUUGACACACAUUUUUUCCUCUACUUAUUUUAUAUUUCUAUUAGGGCAAAAUCCUUAUUUCAUUUUUAAACAGAGUUGAAAAAAACAAGCCCUCCCCUGUUCCUGGUGUUUCUGUGGUCUGACGCCUAACUCUUUGUGUUUCUCUCAGACUUGGAGACUUACUACAAUCCAGAAGGAUCCGUGUCAGGUUCCCCAUCCUGCCCUAUAAGGCUGGUGUGAGGACACUCCUCGUAGACUUUGACUGCUCCGUCUUCAGAGAUAUUAAAGGUAGCUGCACCGUCACUGUCAAGCCUUAA